AUGACGAACAGAAACCUCAAUAAAACCUGGCGAGAUGUUGUCUUUGAUCAGUACGCUGCUGAUUUUAAUGCUGACGUUCCAUUCCCUCUUCGCUAUCUUAUCCACACUCCUGAGCGGAAGAAAGAUAUCUUUAUUGAAAUCCCAACCAAAAUCCCUGUCACGACCUUCCGCUGUUCUAUCUUAACGUUUUUCCGUGCAAAGCACCUUGAGUCCGACCCAACUUACCAAGACGAGAAUAUCUCUAUUAGAGCUCGUGUAUCUUUCUUCGAAAGACAAGUUCAAGAAGCCGACAACCAACAUGAUGAUCUGGAAUCCCAGGAUCCUCCUACCAUUGCUGGUGAUGCUCGGGACCGCCGCUAG